UUUUCCUUCUUGUAUGGGAGUAAGCUAAUAACUGCAUUAAUACUGAGGGCGGGGGAGGUUCGCACUGCUUUAUCUAACCAGUUUACUUAAAAUGGUAUAAUUGUGUUUCGACAAGCCUUUACACUGAUCAGUACCUUAUUCCUCAAGCAGACACAUUGAUUUCAUUCAGCAUGAGUAACAAUGGCAAAAUGCAGUCUUCUGCACCCUUCUAUACCCAUAAUCAAUUAAUUAUCUCUUUUUUGUGCACAGGUCUUCAAGAUGACUCUUACAAGCCCUUUCCCAAACACCACAGAAUAUAACUAUGUGUAUGAUGAAGGUACCUCUCCUUGCAGUGAAGGCAAUGGUUUCAGCAGGUUUAAAUCACUGUUUCUUCCAAUAGUUUACUGCCUGGUGUUUGUCUUCUGCCUAGUAGGAAAUGCCUUGGUCAUAUGUGUACUCUUGACCAGGAAGAAAGUCACCACCAUGACCGAUGUGUGCUUGCUCAACCUUGCAAUCUCUGACCUGCUCUUUGUUGUCCCCCUCCCAUUUCAAGCUCACUAUGCUUCAGAAGAAUGGAUUUUCGGAAAUGCAGUGUGUAAAAUGAUGGCUGGCAUUUAUUACAUAGGCUUCUACAGUAGCAUUUUCUUUAUAACCCUCAUGAGCAUAGACAGGUACAUAGCAGUCGUUCAUGCUGUCUAUGCUAUGAGAGUUCGGACAGCCACUUGUGGCAUAAUGAUAAGCUUACUCCUGUGGACGACGGCUGGUCUGGCUGCCAUACCAAAUAUGGCGUUUAACCAAGAAGUGGAAAUUGAACAGUCUCGCGAGUGUGUCCCCAAAUAUCCUCCAGGCCAAGAGACCUGGCGAUUUUUCAUUCAGUUUGAAGUCAACAUCUUGGGCCUUUUGAUCCCGCUCAGCAUCCUCAUUUACUGCUACUCCCACAUCCUGAAAAAUCUGCAGAGCUGCAAAAACCGGAACAAGAUCAAAGCCAUCAAGCUGAUUUUCAUCAUCGUGGUCGUCUUUUUCCUUUUCUGGGCUCCCUUCAACAUUGUGCUUUUUCUAGACUCUCUGCAGAACUUGGAAAUCAUCAACGACUGCGAGACGAGCCAAAGGCUUGCGCUGGCCCUGCAGCUGACCGAAUCAAUCUCCUUCAUCCACUGCUGCCUGAACCCCGUGAUCUAUGCUUUUGCUGGCGAGAUGUUUAAAGCUCACCUUAAAAAAAUGUUCCAAACCUGCAGUCGUCGCAUUUCUAGUAGCAAUUCAGCCAAUCAUUCUCACUCCUUGCCCACUCAAGUAUUAGGCUAUUCUGAUAGUGACAGAGUUCUGUAAGCUUUCCCGCUCCCUGCCCAGACAUACAUUCUAACUGCGUUCAUUUAAAUACAGCGAUUGCCCUAUAAAUCGUACUAGCAUUGACUUAGCCCAGUGUCCUACCUCCACUGUUUAUUUUUUAGGGACAGAAGAAAGUUGGUCCUGGAUUUUGACUUCUACUUCUUCAAAACUUGCAGAAAUUCCUCCAA